ACGGGCGGAAAUCAUGUAGCCUGCCUUGUACGCAUGGAUGUAGCCAGAAAUACCUUGAUAUAACUCUGACAGUGGUAGAUUUAACUGGAGGACUUCACAAGUUAUAAAAACUGUGAUUGCAGGUCUGUUUAUUGUCAACACGGAUCCAUUGAAAGGAAACUUUGAGCAUGUCGCUGUUUGGCGGACUGUUGAGGAGCGGUUUGACCUUCUGUCAAUCAUCAUUGCUGCUGUGCACGAGACACUUCAGUACAGGCAAUUGUGCUAGAGUACGAAUGCAUGCUAUUCCCAAACUGAAGGAGGUGGACCGAUGGACGGAGAAGAGGAGCAUGUUUGGAGUCUAUGACAACAUUGGAAUCUUGGGUGACUUUAAAGCCCACCCAAAGGACUUGAUCAAAGCCCCUGUAUGGCUCAAGGGUUUCAAAGGAAAUGAAUUUCAGCGUCUCAUCAGAAAGAGGCAGAUGGUAGGAGACCGUAUGAUGACAGAGGACAGACACAUCCUGGAGAAGAGGAUCAGUUUCCUGUACCGCCGCUUCAACAGAUACGGCAAACACAGAUAGACUCGCAACGACCACAAUCUUUUGUAUGCUUCCCUGAUCUGUGCUGAUGUGAAAUGAUUUGUUUUGAGAGCUGCAAUACUGUUCAUUACUCAGUAAAAACAUGUUUAUUUGAAUAAAUCUCAUUCCCCCCCUCAAAUUAAAUGACAGAAAUGUCAUCCAUGUGCAGUGUUGACAGCAAAUGGGCAUGCUGACAGCA